UGCGUGAGGAUUUGUAACUUGUGUCAAUUUGUGUGUAUAUUUCAAGAUGUUUCGCGUUUAGGUUACAUUGUUUAAGUUGUUGCAAGUUGUUGAUUUCGCUUUGAAUUAUAUUAAAUCAUGUGCAUUAAAGUGCGCACAAACCAGACAACGUAAAAAAUGGAAGUAACUUGCUUGAAUUUUCAGGACGUAUUAUCUGAACUAGAUAACGUCUUACCGAAAGCCACUUUUCUUAGUAUCGAUGGUGAAUUUACUGGACUUAAUUCGGGUCCGGACGCUGGUCCGUUUGACACACCAGCUCAGUAUUAUAGCAAACUUCGAGCUGGAUCUAUGGACUUUCUUCUUGUGCAGUUUGGUUUGUCCGUCUUCACACAUGACUCAGAAACAAACAAAUAUUCUCAACAAUCUUACAAUUUUUAUGUGUUUCCCAAACCGAUGAAUCGUGUUGCACCAGAUUGUAGAUUUAUGUGUCAAGCUUCAAGCAUAGCUUUUCUAUCAAAUCAAGACUUUGAUUUUAACAAACUCUUCAAAUAUGGUAUACCAUAUCUCAACGCUGGUGAUGAAGAAAAACUUGUCACACGCUUAGAAGAGAGACAAAAAAUCAGAGAAGAAAACAAUCAGGAAAUAAUUCCAAUAUCAGAUAAUGACAAGCCUCAAGUAGAAGAAAUAUGUUCUACAAUAGAGAAUUUUCUUGCAUCAGAUGCAAAAGAAUUAAUAAUACAAAGAUGUAAUGCCUUUAUGAGAAGACUGGUGUAUCAAGAAGCAAGAAUAAGGUGGCCUAAUAAAAUAAGACUUGAAAACAAAAUAGAAAAUACUUGGAACUGUAUUUUGGUACAAAGAGCCGGCACUGAGGAAGAAGAAAAAGAAAAGGACAGUCAAAAACGAGAAAAGGAAAAAUUAGAAAUUGCAGAAGCUGUGGGACUCAGCAAUCUUUUGAAAAAAAUUGCGGAUUCCGGAAAGAUAUUAGUAGGACAUAAUAUGCUGUUAGAUCUGUGUCACAUUGUACAUCAAUUUUUUACGCCAUUACCAAAAGAAUAUCUAGAAUUCAAAACGUUGAUUCAUAAUUUAUUUCCUAGGUUAUUGGACACAAAGGUCAUCUGUCAAUCUCAGCAAUUUAGGGAUCUGGUUUCGUCAUCGAAUCUUAAUGUAUUAUUAGACAUUGUCAGCAAAUCUCCGUUUUCCAUCCCUGACGUGAUACCUGUGGAAGGACGCAGUUAUUCGAUAUCAACAGAAAAAUCACACGAAGCUGGAUACGAUGCAUACAUCACUGGAUUAUGCUUUAUUGCGUUGUCCAAUUAUCUCGGAACAUUAGAGAGAUCGGAAAACUCCACAGUAUUGGCAACCUCUCCACUGCUUAAUCCUUUUCACAACAAAGUUCCUAUAGCAAGACUGAAGGAUUUUCCGUACGUGAAUUUAGUGGGAAAAGAUCCAAAUCCCAGCAGAGAUCACGUAUUUCACAUAACAUUUCCAAAGGAAUGGAAACACUCGGAUAUAAGUCAGCUGUUUAGUCCAUUUGGAGGUGGAUAUAUCUCUUGGUUGUCGGAUACAUCCGCUUACGUGGGUUUAUAUCGUCGCGAUCAAGCUGGCGCUGCAUUGAGAAGUCUGUCCAAAGAGACCGUUUACAAGAUACAACCGUAUUUGAAGUACCAAGCCUCUUUGCAGAAUGAAUUUUCUCAUCAGGACCGCAAACGGAAGUUGUCAUCAUCCGAGAACGCGAAUAAAAAGGAUAACGAGGAAUCGGCUGCUAACGGCAAAGAAACAACCAAAGAUGACGACGGAUGGAUAGUGGCCACAGGUAAACGGCGCAAAAAGCGCAAGGAUCAAACUGCGAGCGGUUCGUCCAACAAAAAGGCUUGGCCGGAAAAUGACAAUUGGAAUUAAUUGCAAUUUGAUGCAAUUUGAUCAGCAUAAUAUUUAGUCAGCAUAAUUUAUAGUCGAAGAGCGAGAAAAUGUAUACAACAAAUGUGUAUGUAAGAGUGAAAAGUGUCAAUAUUAUCAAAUGGCGAAUCAAAAAACUUUUAUCUCGACUUUAAUCUGACUAAUUAGAUGAUAAUUCAUCUAUGUAAUGUCUUCACUCGUUCGUAAUCUUAAAAAUAAAAUUCUUUAUUUCUGCUACA